GACACCAGCAGCUGCCUCUAACACAGCCCACUCGCAUCACCGGCAACACAGGAUACACACUCACACACAUACACGCACAUACUCGUAACCGCUUACGCACUCAAUCAUAUCUCAAACUGGAGUCGGAGUGAGGAAACAGAAUGUCAGGGAAGGAAGCGCUGAAGCCAGUGGGAAAGCACAAUUCGCCUCACGUCUGCAGGGCUCCUUUCUGACCGGCUCUGUGAGGGAGUUCAGUUUGGAGUUUGGAUUUAAAGCAGGAGGGAACUUUCUCAUUUUUUUAGGCCUGAAUUCAAGAGGAGGAAACUUAAGGUUUAAGUCAAUUGAAACUCAAGCUCACUUGGAUACCAGCCUGAGAAAAUCUGGAUUUUCAAACAGAGAAGACAUACAUCAGGAGGAAAUUCUUGAAAUUCUCUUUGUCUCUGACCACUCACCGCUCUCCAGGUCUCUCAGAGUGCCAUCAUCUGUUGCUUCCAUCCAACUACAGGACACUCUAACACGUUCAACACACAAAAGACCUCAAAGGAAGAUGAGUCUUUCACGGAACGGGACCCUGGAGAAGACGAUGUCUGAGAAGGCCCACUCUGAGCGGGGCUCCCCCUCCAGAGCGGGGUCAGGGGUCGUGGUGCCGCCUCCAUACUCCCUGGGAGGAAGUGAAGCCCCUGACACCCCCCUGGAGUUACGGGGCUCUCUGGACUGCUGGGCAUGCUCGGUGUUGGUCACUGCACAGAAUAUGAUCAUCGCUCUGAUCAACGCUGGGCUGGCCAGCGUCGUGUUCGGCACCAUCCUCACCCCGGCACUUGUCAUGAUCAUAUUUGGCUUCCUCUGCCACUCCACAGUGCAGCCUCAUGGCACCUCUCUGUACUGCUCAGACCUUCUGGAUGAUGGGGGCUGCGUGGCUCUGCUGGUUGUUGGCUUCCUGCUGCUGACCCCCCUGCUGGUCCUGGCUCUGGCUGCUUACUGUCGCCUGGCCCGACACCUCCAGCUGGGCAUGUGUUUCAUUCCCUACAGCCGCGCCGUCUACAAGAACCUGCCCGCCUCUCGCCACCGGGGGGCUGCAGCAGGAGGCUGCUGUGGCCAGCAGGGUACUGCAGACAAGGAGAGGAAGGGGAGUGUAUGGGUGUAGGAGGAAUCACAGGAGGAAAAGUGUUUAUAUUUUUUUAUAUAUACCUCUUUUUAAUGACAAGGGUUGGAUUUUUUGAGCAUGGCUCCUUUGAAAAAAAAAAAAAAAUAGAUCUUGCGAUUGUAUUUCUACUUCUAAAGCCAUUGUAAAAAUAUCAUAUGUCAUCAUUUAUAGUGGUUGUGUUGAAAUCAAUAUUGCUUUUUGUACACAAUUUUUAUGUAAUGAAUGUAUUUUAUACCUUUUUACAAUAAAAUGUCAUUUAACUUUAAA